CCUGGAUUAUAUCUCUUACACAGCCUCCCGCCACCCUCUCCGCCAAACCUAGACCAGAUUUCCUCUGGUUUGUUCGUCUGCUUUAAAGCGUUGUCGUUGCUUGGCUUUGUCGUCAUUCCUUUUGGCCUACGGUAUAUACACGGCUCUGUCUGCCUCGACUCCGUCACCAAAAAACAAAACAAAAAAACCGCCCUUUAAUAUCAUCGUCUUACAACAGCAAGUCGAACAACUUUGCUAUAUAAAAGCUCAACCAGUACAAAGCUUCUUUUUCGUUCAUAAUCAGCUUGCUUUCCCACUUUUUGGGUUCUCAUUUUUAGGAUUUUUUUUAUCACUCCUUUGCGUGAGCUCUCCGCAACUCAAAAGUACUAGCCAACCAAACACACCAUUCGCAUUGUUCGUCCGAUAAAAUUACUUGGUGGAAACCUCGACGGCUUCCGUCUAACCCGGCACGCACGCUCAUACCUGGCCAUGGGUCCGCAUGCAACAUCUUGACAGUUUCGAUAUCAGUUGACCCGUCCCAUCUCGAAUCUGCCGAGCACCGAACCUCCAACUUUCGCGGCUUCGGUGACUUGGAGGGAAGCCUUGUUGACUUUGUCCCCGCCAUCACCGAAACGCUAUUCACGGAGGCCUUCAAAUACCCAUCCAUCUACCUCACCACCCACCCUUUCAUCAAUCCGCUAAUAGGCCGCAAAAAUGGCUGGUUUAAUUCCUCUUCGUCUUCCCACCGUUACGGGAUCUCCUCCAGCAGCAGGCCACCGGGCCAGCAUAGCCGAGUUGCCCACAUACAGCAUAUCAUCAUCAGCUCGACCUGCGCGACACGCACGACACGCCAGCUUGGGAUCUCUGGCGAUUCCUGUAAGAGCUCCUAGAGCGAUACAACGCGUAUCGUCUCCCAUGCUAGCUCUUCUCCCUAAUCUGCCAUACACGGCAGCUGAAUGGAGGAGGACCAUGGCCGAGAUCAAGCGUCAUCAUGUGAGCAAAAGGUUUCGUGCCUGCUCAGCACGCUGCACCGAAAUCUUGGACAACUUGAAAGAAACUUCUUCUGUGGAACCGGCGCACUUGAUAUACUUGCACUUUUACGCCGCCAACUCGUUCGAGAUGUGCGCGAGGCCGUAUCCGGCUACCGCCCCUGCGAGAAUUCAGCUUUUGACACAAGCUCGUACGCAUUACGACGAAGCAGCAGCUCUUAUCAAGGCCGCCGAGACCGCUGCGGUUUCUCUCUCGCGGAGCAGCUCACGGGCAUCCGUUGCUUUCAGUGGGAGUGGGUUCCACUCACCCUCAGGGUCCAUCAGCUCGGGGACCUGGUCCACGCCGUCCACGGCCUCGCCCACCAACUCUAUUUGCUCUUAUGAAGAUCUGCUUUCAAGGUCUUCCGAUUCGACUCCGGUCCAGCGCAAGGCCAAGAAGACUGUCUCCUUCCAGCUGCCAAAGGAGGAGAAGUUUACUUUCCCCACCGAGCCUAUCAUCCGUCCCGAUUCACCCACAUUGGGCUUUGAGGACGCCUACUUCGCCUCUCCCAUACUCAGAUCUCCUCUUCCCGAGCCGCCGAAGCGCCCAGCCAGCCCCGAGUCUGCAUCCGCAUCCAGUCCCGACCUUCACGCUCCCAUGCCUCGGCGGUCGAGUAUGCGCCACUCGCUCUCGAGUCAAAACGGCUUUGACCAGUUCGACGAAGAUUCGCUUAGAGCAUCACAGUCGGUCUACCGCUACUGUGACACGCUGAUGUCACUCAAGUAUCAGCUACAAGCCCACCGCUCUGACGUCGACACCCUUCUGGGAGAAUCCACUGGACAGACGCGCAAGGAGGAAUUUAUUGCCGCCAUUGUCUCCAACCCGAAUGCAUCAGUUGCCAGCGAGGAGCUCCGCAUGUUGGACCGCCAGGCGCGCAUCGAAAAACUUCGUCAGAACGGAUGGCAACGCAAGAGGUUUGACGCUUCGCGCUACGAAAGGCUCUGUAACGAUGUCUUGGCCGAGCUGUCAUGAAAACCAACCAUCCAAAUAAUCAACUAAAUAACAUUUCUUUUAUAUAUACCCCCACAUAUCUCACACACACACAUACCUCACAUACCUCGAAAUCCAUACGGCAGCAUCUUGCAAUGACUUACUAGAGACGAACAAGGCUUGACGACCCUGUUCGAUUUGGACGAUUUGAUACCAUCAUGUUUUCCUUUUUGAGUUUCUAUCUCCUUUGUCGGCGUCUACCACGCACAGCACCCUAUAUUACACUGCACACACGUGCAUUCUCUUUCAUGUCUUAUGUUUGGAACGUGUACAAACACCCUUGUUACAAAAAGUCCGGCGCAUCGAUUAUGGUUGCACUCUGGUAGUCUUAGUAUAAAAGUAACAGUAAAUGUAAUUGCUC